UGUAUCAAGUGUGCCGGCCUCCGUGAACUCAGCUGGUGGAUAACAGAUUAUCUUCAAUUUAGAGAGGAAGCCGUAUCCGUGGCUCUACAUGGAACCCUGAUCCGCAUGCUGAUGGCGGUUUCCUCCGCCAAAGGAAGCUGGUACUGGUGGCUCUUAUUGCCAAAUAUCUUCAUGUCCAUGUUGCGCCCGGGACUCUCCGGUGCUUUGUCCUCAGUUGCCAUCAGAUGGGACCUCCCGAUCUUCACCCUGCCCUUAAAUAUCCUGGUGUGUCUGCAUGUGACCUACUUUUAUCUGCAAUUCCAGGUGGAUAUUCAGCCAAAUGACCAUCUGCAUCCUCCUCAUGACUCCAUGGAAAGACUCAAUAUCCCUCAACCGACUGCAGCCUUAUCGAAACUGAUGUCUCUCGCAUUACCAGCCUGCACGUGGCCUUUCUGCCUGUCGACUCUCAUCUUCCUCUUCGUUUCCUCUGAGUUCCCGGCCAUCUGCAGACCACCUCUGUCCGGGGUCUCCUACCCCGAGGCAAACCGGCUCUACCACAGACGAUUACAGGCCUCGGAGGAAAGCUCAGCUCCGUCUGCGGAGCAGCAGCCACGAAGAGGCCGAGACGACGGGCAGCAAAGGACCUGACGUCCAU